AGAUACAGCUCAUUGGUGGUUAAUAAGAACGCUGUUGCUCUGUUACCCAUUUAGGAAUAGGAAGUAACACAAACUGCGGGUAUCCGUCUCUUUAGGUGUGUUCAUACGUUGAAAGUACCUGCAGCAACUCAUUCAGCUGAACCUACCUUCAGCAGAGAAGACAAAGAAACCACAACGGAACUUUGCAAAGGAAUAUACUUAUAGUUCAUUUAGUGCUUCAAUUUAUUUUGUUCCCUGUUAUUGUUUUUAUUAUUUAGAGACAGAUGGGGACCACUGGGCUCACGGUUGUGGGCAUUUUACUCGCCAUUUUACAGGUUUCUGUUUUUGUGACUUCUGAGGAGCCAACAUUAAAUGUUGAACAUUACCAGGGAGGCCAGAACCAUCAACAUCAACAUACUGAAGUGGGCUAUGCUAACAACGUAGAGAGUGCAACUGAUCAACAGGUGCCCAUUCUGGAAUUUCCCAAGCCGGCUGAGGGGCUGAGGAGGAGGAAGAGAGAAUGGGUUAUUCCUGACAUCUCGGUUAUUGAGAAUGACAGAGGACCAUACCCCCUAAAAGUAACGCGAAUCCGUUCUAAUGCGGAUAGAGUGAAGAAGAUCUUCUACAGCAUCAGUGGUGAAGGAGCUGAUCAUCCUCCUAUUGGCCUUUUCACCAUGGACAGAAACACUGGCACUCUGUAUGUCACACGACCACUGGACAGAGAGGUGAAAGAUAGGUACAUGUGUCAAGUUCAUGCUGUAGCAGACGGUUCAGGAAAUGCUGAGGCCCCGAUGGAUAUUAUAGUGAAAGUUAUUGACAUGAACGACAACAAACCUACUUUUGCUCAAGACAUCUUUCUGGGAGAAGUUGCUGAGGCCACACCAAUAGGUUUUGAGGUGAUUAAGGUUGUGGCCACAGAUCUUGACAAGCCAAAUACUGACAACUCAGAUAUCCGCUACUGGCUUAUCAGCCAGGAGCCAGCGUUGCCCAGUGACUUGAUGUUUGCCAUCAACCCAGUCACAGGAGUCAUCAGAGUCAAUGCCGGUGGGCUAGACAGAGAGAAAUACCCCAUGUAUACUCUGGUGGUAAAAGCAGCAGACAGGGUGGGAGAAGGAUUGACUGGAGAAGCAAAAGUAAUCCUUAACGUCACAGAUGGCAACGACAAUGCUCCUGCCUUCUCUCAGCCAUCGUAUGAGGCAGCAGUUGAUGAAAACAAAGUCAACGCUCAGAUCUUAACGAUGUCAGUAACAGACGGAGACGAACCAUAUUCUCCAGCCUGGAACGCCAGGUUCAAGAUUGUCGAUGGUGAUCCUGAGGGACUUUUUAACGUGAAAACAGGAAGUCACAAACAUGAAGGCAUCAUUUCUACUGCCAAGGGUCUUGACUUUGAGAAGAGCAGCACACACACUUUGUUGGUUGCAGUGGAGAAUGAAGUUCCUUUUGCUACUCCACUGCCCACUGCCACCGCCACAGUGGUGGUGACUGUGCAGGACGUCACUGAAACUCCAGGCUCUGAUCCAGUAGAGAAGCAUGUGGUAAAACGGGAGGCCCUUGCUGUUGACACUGGACACACACAGGAAGUCACGUCCAUUCCCCAUUCUUCCUUUAAAUUCUUUGGGCUUCACUGAGCAGCUGCGAGUACACUGUGGUCCUGAGGGUUGCAGACAACGAGGGCCUGGAGCCGGACAGCACCGUACAGGCCACAGUGUGUGACUGCACUGGGAAUACAUAUAGGGCAAGAUACUCAUGCUUUCUCUGCUGUGUAGGAGGUGGUUGGACUUGUAAUGAACCCUUUUAUAACCACGUAUGUCUUUGUGACUGAUAGGAACAACAAUCUUUGACAUUGGUCCAGUAUUAAGCAAUAUCGCUGCAGUCGGCAGUCAGCGAAACAAGCUACAGUGUAAGUUAUUAGGGCACCUUCAAUUUACAUCCAUAAAAAAGUGUUUUACCACAGAUAGGCUCAGAUUAUUAUUCUAGUGUCUGACAACAUUAUGGAAAGGAUCCCUACAGAGGUAGAUUUGACUGUUAUAGAAUAUGAUUCUUUUUUUGAAACAUUAAAACAUUCCUGAAGUUACUGUCAAUAAACCCACCAGCCUCCAUGCAAAUAAACAUUCAUUUUAGCAUUGUAAAAUACAAUUAAUUUAAAGUCAACAGACACAAGAUAAAACUAUGAAAAGUCAUCUUGAUGUGUCUUUCCACUUUUCCAACCAUAACAACUGUGGUUUGGUUGAUAUUAACACAUAGUUUACUGAUUUACAUUUGGAAAUAUGUUGGCUCUAUACAUGCAAAAAGUAUUGUUUAUCUGAAUGUAGUCUGGUGGGUUAGGGAUAGAAAACUCUUUUACUCUUUUAAAAAGAUCUAUCUCUGUAGGGAUACUUUCUAUAAUGUUGUCAGACACUUCAAAUAAUAAUCUGAGGUAAAACAGCACUUUGUGGUAAAACAGCACUUUUAGUGGAAGAAAUUGACAAUGCACAUUUGUCCCGUAGGCUUACAUUGCAGCCCGGUUCAGUCACAGGGCUAUAGCUCAAUACUGGACCAAUUUCAAAGAUUGGUGUUUCUAUCAGUUACACACAAAAAACAUAAUAGGGUCCAGGUUGGGAAAAAAACAAACAUGUUAGCCUUUAAUCAUUGGUGUGUCGUAUUAAGCUUUGUGCUCAGUGUUUGUUCAGUACUGGUGUUGCUGCUGUAAGACGGAGAAGAAGAGAAAAGAAGGAUGAUUAAGAAAAAUCCAGUUAGCCAGCCAACGCCACAUCACCCACUGAGGCUGUGGGGAAUGAGAUGUCGAAAUGCUUUUUAAAAGGUUCAAUUUGUUGUUGAAAUGUUAAGUGUCUGUUUGGUUGACAUCUUUAUCACAUUGCAAUGUCAACACGCCUUUUGGUGCAAUAGUUUAAAUGGUACUUUAUUAUCAAAGCUUUGUUUUUAUCAGUAUACAGUAUAUAAAAUCUGCUUAGCAAUACAGAGGAUAUUGAAUAGGCUAGAACACAAUGUAAUCCCGCUAAAUAAAACAUCACAUUCA